AUGUCGAGCGCCACAUCGGCGGCGGCCCCGGCCGCCACCGGCGCACCGCCAAUGGGCCCCGGCGGCCCAGGCUCCAACGGUACGGCGGAAGCCAUACCAGGUGUCCCCAUCUCCGACCGAGCUGCAUACCUCGCCCAGGUCUACAUCGGCGUCAGCUCAGUGUUGCUACUGCUCUGCGUCAUCACCUUCGUCACCCGCAUCUACCAGCGGGUGCGGCCGGUAUGGAAGGCCGGACUGGACGACUACUUUAUCGUGGCCGGCUUUGUAUGUCUCCCCUUGCUUACCAUACCCAUUAUUACCCCUGAAGCCCGUGAAACUGCCAUUGCCAUCGCCCAACCAGCUAACCACCCACUCGCUAACCAGGCCCUCACCAUCGCCGACUACGCAAUGCUGAUGCCGAUGAUGGUCCCCCAGCCCGGCAUGCUAUCGUUCGAAAAGUCAUACGAAGCCGGCAAGAACUCGUGGCUCGCCAUCUCCGUCUGGGGCCUGUCCAUGACAUGCAUCAAAGUAUCCAUCGCGCUCACGCUGCUGCGCAUCCAGGGCAAGGAGCGCGGGUGGCGCAUCUUCCUGUACACCAUCAUGGCCGUCCAGGCCAUCUACGGCAUCGGCAACACGCUCUUCAACCUGGCCAUCGCCUGCCAGCCGCUCGAGGCCGCCUGGAACCCCUUCCUGCCCGGCGGAAAGUGCGUCUCGUACGAGGUGAUGCGUGGCGUCUCCAACCUCGGCUCCUCCAUCAACAUCACCACCGACGUGCUGCUGUCGCUGUCGCCGGCGACUUUCCUGCGCAAGCUGAACCGCCCGCUGCGCGAGCGCAUUUUUGUCUGCGUGCUCAUGGGCAUGGGCCUGUUUGCGAGCGUGUUCAGCAUCAUCAAGACGGUGAUUGUCAAGGAUUGGGGCGACCCGACCGCGGCCGUGGACUUUUGGGCCAUGGGCGUCUCCAUCAGCACCUUCACCGUGCUGGAGCAGCUGCUGGGCGUGCUCGCUGCCUGCGUGCCCGCCAUGAAGGGCAUCUUCCAGAGGUGUCUCGGCGCCAUGGGGGUGUCGUUGACGGAGAACAAGUCGCAGCAGCAGCGGUAUUAUAUCGGGCGGGGCGGCACGGGAACGGGCGGGAUGAUGAGUCGCACCGGGGGCGUGGACCCGACCGAGACGUACAGGAGUCAGAAGGGGGAAGGGUACCGGCCUGAUCAGCGCUUCUCCCGGCGCGGGAAGGAGAUGGAUGAUGACGAGACGUGUAUUGACUUGCCGGACUUGAGCAGGCCCGAGUCGACAAAGUCGGCUGGGGAUCGGUCCUUGAGCCAUUCAGGACAGGGUGAUUCCAGGGGACAUUCGGUCGAGCAGUUACCUGCGCAUGCUGUAUGA